UUUUGUAUAAUAAUAGAUACAUAAAACUAAGAAAUAAGAGUAAUUAUGGGUCUCAAACGUAAGCUUGAGGGAGAAGUAGAGAUAAGAGAGAGUGCUGCAGAUGUUCUCCAUGACUUGUACAAGAAUAGGCCUCACCAUAUUGCACAUUCCGGCGGGUCUAAUUUCAUACAAAAUUGUGACUUGCACAACGGUGUUGUUGCUAAGCCCGGCGCUAUAUUUUCUUGGACUUACACUCUAGAUGGGAAGCAAAGAACUGGCAAAACUGAAAUCGAAGAAAUCGAUGAAGAGAAGAAGAUGGUAAGGCAAAAGGUGGUAGAAGGAGAUCUCCUAGACGAGUACAAGAGCUUGGUAUUUAUAUGUCAUGCUAUACCCAAAGGCAAAGGAAGUAGCACAGUCAAGUGGACACUCGAGUACGAGAAGGUGCAUCCUGGUAUCCCUGAACCAUCUUCAAUGUUAGAUGCUCUCCUUGAAGCUGCCAAAGGCAUUGAAGAUCAUCACCAUGGUAGCAAGUAAACAAUCAUCGCGUUGCUCUAAAAUUGUUGCACUUGAUUGACUAUAAUAUAUAUGCAACGGUUCUUUCGGGAUGAUGCAUAUAUUAUACUUUCGAGUUGCAAUAAUUUCAAAGAAUAAUAAUGUUAUGUUAUGAAUCUUGUUUUCUUUAUUUGUUUAUUAUGGUGUUGCCAGCUUUACAUAAGCUAGACCUAAAUAAGGCAUGUAUUUGUUCUAUGAUCAAGUAUUCAAUUCCUGUACUUUUUAUAUUAUGAUAUGACUGCUAAAUAAUUAUGUGUGCUACACAUAAGGAUGUUGUACAAGGAUGUAUGUACUUUAUUAUUAAAGAUUGGUAUAUGUCGAUAUUUACUUUGAUAA